GUCCCAUGGGCCAAAUCAACAACAAACUCGCCAGGUUUCUAAAUUCCCCUUGACAGAAACAUUAAAAAGAAUGGCUGGUAUUGCAACAAGAAUUUCGUGGAAUCACCGAAACUUAAGGUACGGUUGCCAGGAAUUCAAGUUCCCUGAGCAACCAGAUUCAAGUCUGUCGGAUAUGGAAUUCGAGUUUCUUGAAGAUUAUGGUGACCAGGGAUUCCAUGUAAGCUGUAACACUGAUGAGUUUCGAGGUAAUGAAAUGGUGGAUGGAGGAGGAGAGUUAGGUGAUGAUGAGGAGGAGGAAGAGAAGGAAAAUGAUGGAAGCAGAGUUGAAAAUAACAAGAGUUAUUGGGAGAGUCAGCACCAGGUUUUGCAAGAUACCUUGUGUAGGACAAGCUCUUUGGAAUCAAGAAUCAGAAAUGCUACCAAAGAAGCCUUGAAAGAUUUUCAGGGAGCCGAAACCAUUUGUGCUUGUGGGAAAUCAAUAGCUGAAAGUUGUAGGAAUUGUCUUAUGAGAGAACUCUCUAGCCGUCUCCAAAAUGCGGGAUUCAACAGUGCCAUUUGCAAGUCUAAAUGGAGAAGCUCUCCAGAUAUCCCAUCAGGAGAGCACACUUUUUUGGACGUGAUAGAGAAUUCGAGAAAAGGAGACGUAAGGGUAAUAGUAGAGUUGAAUUUCAGAGCUGAGUUUGAGAUGGCAAGAGCAAGUGAAAAUUACAAUCGUCUAGUUCAACGAUUACCAGAAGUUUUCGUGGGUAAAGUAGAAAGAUUAAGUAAUGUGAUCAAAAUCUUAUGUAUGGCUGCCAAGAAAUGCAUGAAGGAGAAGAAAAUGCACAUGGGACCAUGGAGAAAACACAGAUACAUGCAAGCUAAGUGGCUAAAAUCUUGUGAACGGAAUACAUCUAAACAAUCCUUAUCGAUGGGAUAUUCAGGCCGAUUGUCGAAGCCAAAGGCCUCAAUGCUAACUGUAGAUUUGCUGGAAAAGUUAUCCAAUGUGCAUUGUACAGCAGUUGAGGUUGUAUGAAUAUUGGGAGAUAACAAAAGUUUUUUGUCUUCUUGCUCUUUUAAUAAUUUACUCCUUGAAUCUGAGCCUAAUACUUUAGUCAAUGGAUAAAUAAUGAUAGGGUGCCUUUUAUUAUGAAAUAUUGAAGGUUUUUUUUGGUUUGUUUGUUUGAAGUUUGAUGCUCAAAGAUAAGGAUCAUAUGUUGCAGCAAAUUUCAGAUAUGAUUGUGGAGCAAAAUAACCCUGGAUUUGGAUUCUUGACGAUCUUAUAAAAAUAUUGUUCAAUAUAAUAAAUGGAUCAGUUUUUGACUCUAAAUUGGAUCAGGUUCUGAAGUUGCGGUUUUGAAAGUGCAAAAUUCACAUAAAAUUUUCAAGUCUCAGGGAUAGGGUUGGUAAAUACACCUGAACGUACUC